UUCAAUUGAAAUUUGUCAAUCGAAGGAAAAACAACAAAAGAAUUCAAUAGAAAAACGGAAACCACGCGCAUCCCAAAAAAAAAAACGACAGAAUGCAGAUUAGAGCUAUAGCAACUCUCAUUGGCUGUCUGCUGUGCCUAAAUCAAGUUAAGGCCACAUUGGACGUACUUUUACCAAAUCUGGCAAGAGAUGAAACUGUCAAAUGUGGUGGCGUAUCCCGAUCCAAACAGACCAUCAUCAAAAAUCCCUCUACCCUCACAACGGAUUCUUGUAGCUAUCAAAUUCGUGCCUAUAGUCCAAAUGUCUGUCAACUUUUGGUUGAAUUUCAAGAAUUUGAGUUGCAGCAACCCGUUCUGGAUGCGGCCACCCAAAGAAUGGAAUGUGGCGAUCAUUUGGAGAUAGGUGAUUACUCACUUUGCGGUGAUAAUCGUGGACAACAUCUCUAUUUACCCUUUAAUGUUGAUAAGGGAGUGAAAGAUAUUUCGUUGGUAUUUAAGUUCGUCCAUCGUUGGACCUCCUCUAAAUGGCAUUUGGUAGUGACCCAAUUGGAGUGUCCGAGCCAUAAAAGAUUGGGCCAGCGUUUAUUUGAAGAUGGCUUGAGCGGUCUCCUUGUGGAUGGAAGAUCAAUGCUAAAUGGCAAAUCGGCAAUUGAAAAUGAUUGGGAGUUGUUGGCGCCCACUGGGUGUGACCAGUACUAUACCAAGGCUUCUGGAACAAUUAAAAGUUUUAAUUUCAAAGCUGACGGUUCGUCGAGAUAUCCGCCCAAUAUGAAGUAUACAAUGUGUAUUAAGGCUGUGAACGGAGCUACUAUUGUUGAAUAUAAAACGACCAAAUUUUCCAUGUCAAAUGAGGUGGAGGGUUCGGCCGGUUAUGAUGGUGACUGCCACAGUACAAUACAGACCAAUGGAAGACGUGAGGAUUAUCUAAUGAUACCCCAAUCAUAUGUGUCGAAUAGUCUGAAUAUUGUGCCCACUUAUUAUUGUGGCACUUCGUUGCAAACGCGACCAGAUGUCAUUGCUUCGGGACCAUUUGUUCUGUACUUUGUCAGCGAUUCGGUUACGGAUGAAACUGAAACCGGAUUCAGCAUUAAUUAUCGUAUAAGAAGUCCAUAAACGAAAAUGAGUUAAAAAGUGAAAAACUCUCUGUGGAUAAGAGAGUGUGACAAUUAAAGCUUUUAAAAUAUU